CAAUGAGCCUUAUUCCUUUUUCUUUUUUCAUCCCUAAUUCCUGGAGGCCUGCACACAUAUAGACUGAUGAAUACCACUCACAUAAACACCAAAAAGCUGGACAACACAACACGGCAGAUUAUUAGUGAAGCACUACUUUCACAUUCAAAGAAAAAUGCAGACGGUUCAUACUCAGCUCAGUACGGGCAGAUCAACACGCUUGCUGCAGAAUAUAAUGUGUCCAGAAAAACAGUGAGCAACAUAUGGGCCAUUGCAAAGAAACAAAUAGAGCAGGGCAUUGCCAUUGAUGUGAGAAGCAAACUGGCAGGAAACAGUGGCAGAAAAAGGGCAGUGAUGGAUAUAAAGGCUAUAGCAGACACUCCCCUCCGGAAGAGGACUAAUGUAAGAUCAUUAGCAGCUGCCAUUGGUAAGCCUAAAUCAACUGUUCAUGAGUGGAUUAAAAGAGGUCUGCUUAGGAGCCAUUCUAAAGCUAUAAAACCAUACCUCACAGAUGCCAAUAAAAUUUCAAGGCUCAGGUUCUGUUUAGAUCAGGUAGAACCCUACAGCAUGUCAAUCCACCCUAGGUUUAAGAGUUUUCACAAUGUUUUGCACAUUGAUGAGAAGUGGUUCUUUAUGUCUAAAACAUCUCAGAAAUUUUAUCUCCUUCCUGAUGAAGCAGACCCAUACAGGGCAUGUAAAUCAAAAAGGUUCAUAGCUAAUGUGAUGUUUCUGUGUGUGGUUGGGAGAGCACUAUUUGGGGAUAAUGGAGAAGUGUUAUGGGAUGGCAAAGUUGGCAUAUUUCAUUUCACAGAAAAAUGCAAAGCCAAAAGGAAGAGCAAGAACAGACCCAAAGGGGUGUUAGAGGUGAAACCAAUAACUAGUGUUACCAAACAAGUCACAAAAGAUAUGCUCAUCAAUAAAGUGAUACCAGCAAUCCAAGAAAAAUGGCCCUCACAUUUAUCUAAAGACAUACACAUUCAGCAAGAUAAUGCAAGGCCACACAUUCAAGGAGUGGAUUCAGACUUUAUGGCAGCAGGUAACACAAAUGGGUUUCACAUAACUCUACACAACCAACCCCCUAACUCCCCAGACUUGAAUGUCUUGGAUCUUGGAUUUUUCAGAGCCAUCCAGUCUUUAAAAGAUCAGUGUGCUCCAAGUACUGUGGUAGAGUUAUUAGAGGCAGUGGAAGGAGCAUAUGAUGCUCUAAGUCCACAAACCCUAAACAGGGCUUGGUUGUCUUACCAACAGGUCGAUGACGUCCUUCAUGUCUCUGACCGGGGCAACAUCGGCAGCAUCGUCCUCGCUAUGGAUGACGAUGACCUCGUCCUCCUCCGUGUCAUCAGAGAUGAAAUUCACGUCCUCACCUCCACCAUCUUGAAAUUCCGUCUCAGGAACAAAAGAUUCAAAACAUAAAUCCAACGAUUCCAUUGCAGAUCGUGGAGGAGAAGGCGAUUCCAUUGCAGAUCUUGGAGUUGAGAUUGAAAAUCUCAAAAGAUAAGAUAAAAAGGGAGUGAUUGAGGUUGAGUGAGGUUGGCGAAAGAGAGAGAGUCCGUAAAUGAGAGGUUGGCGAGAGAUAGUAAAUGAGGGGUAUUUUU